CCGCACCGGGGGCUGGGCGGGCUCGGGGCGCUCGGGGGGCUCGGCCGCCCCUCCGCCGCCCCGCAGCCGUCGUGGAGCUAUGUGGAAAUGGGGUAGUGGAGAUGAUUCUCCAUCCAAAAGAGUAGCUGCAGGCUCCCAGGAUGCAGGAAACAUGUCUGUGAUGGAUUUGACUGAACAGCUGACAAGCACUGAGCAGCUGGUGACACAGCUAAAGGAGCUUGUCAGGGAGAAGGAUGCUGAGCUUCAGAAUAAAGACCUUCAGUUAAAGGAGGAGAAGGAAUCUGCUGAUGCCAGACUUUCCAAGCUGAAGCUGCAGAACAAAGCCAAGGUUGCAUCAUUAACCUCCCAGUUGGAAGAGCUUAAGAAGCAGUUACCAGCAGCAGGAGGCUUAGAGGCAAAAGCAGAACCAAAAAAGGCAUCAAAAGAUGGUGACCAGGAAAAUGCUGCAGCAAAUCGUGGGAAAAUAUUAGUGCUGAGAAGGAGAAUUGAAGAACUGGAAUCCCAGAUCACCCAGAAAAAUGAGGAGUUACAAAAAAAGAGUGUUGAGCUGGAGGCCCAGCGCUGCCGUGGGGCUGAGAUGGAUUCCAUGCUGGCAGAGAAGGAGAAGAGAUUGGCUGAAAGGGAUGCUUAUAUCAUGGAUUUACAGAUGGCCUGUGGCUCCAGUGGGGCUGCCAAUGAAAUACCCCUGCCCAGUGAAGAAUUGAAGAAUCAGCUAGCAGCUAAAGAGUCAUCACUGCAAAGCAUGGAGAUUCUAGUUCAGAACCUUACCAAGAAGGUUGUAGACAGUGAAGAAAAAUGUAGCUUGUUCCAGGAACAGAUUGAGAGCCUUAAAAAUAUUCAAAGCACGGAGAGAGAGUUUUUCCAAGGAAAAGAAGCCUCACAUAUGAAAAAUGUACGUGUGCUUCAGAAAAUCAUCCAGGAGAAACAAAAGGAGCUGGAAGCACAGAGAGAAAAGCAUGAGCAGGAGCUCUUUAGAUUAGCUGCUAAAUCUGAUGCAAGCGCUGACCUAGAACAGCUCCUAAAGGCCUUGAAACAGAAACUCCAUGAAAAAGAGGAGGUCAUGCUUGGAAGGACACAGGUGAUAGAUGUCUUGCAAAAGGAACUGGAUGACAAAGACCAGCAAUUGAAAGAGAUUAAUGAAAACCUGAAACGUCUCCUGUCUGAAAAAGAAAACCUCCAGUCUAAACUGGAUGCUGAGAAACAUGUAAUGAGAGCCCAAUUAAAAGACAUGAUGGAGAAACAUGAGCUUGAAAUGACAAAAGUUAAGGAGAAAUAUAAUGCUGAACUGCAUGAAAUUCAAGAGAAACAUGAAACUGAGCUGCAAGAGAAGGAUCAGGCCCUGUUUCAGCUUCAGAAACAAGUGGCAGAAUUGAGUGGGAGUGGACAGAGUAACUCCAAAGAAGCUAAAGAUCUGGAAUCUAUAACCAAAGAGAAGAUGGAAGAUUUGGAAGUACAAGUGAAAUUAAAAACAGAAGAGGCCAGCAAAUCUGAAGCAAAGUUUCUGAAGAUGAAGGCCUGGUCUAAAUCAAGAAUCAAACAGCUGGAGGAUGAACUAAAAAAUUUUUCCUCAAAGAAUAGUGAUGUAUCUGCGUUAAACAAUCGUGUCUCAGAAUUAGAAGUCGAAAAUAAAGAACUGCAGUCAAAACUACAGUCGUUGUAUGAAAUCAGAACUCACAAUGAGGAACUGCUGAAAAAGCUGGAGGUCUAUGAAGAGCAGCAAAGGAAGCUACAGGCUGAUCUCGAUCAAGUUACAAAGAGAGCAGCUUCCCAGGCCAGUGAAUCAGGUAGUGUGGAUGAAUUGCAGAGUCAGCUCUUGGAAUGGCAGGAAAGUGUCCCAGAGUCAGAGGAGUCCCAGGAUCAAGUCAGAGAAGAGAAAUCUGCCAUGGCCUUGAGGAUGGCUCAGAUUGAGGAGGAGAGAGAAGGACUGAUUGAGGAUGACUGGUUCUUUCCUGGCUGCUCCAAUCCAGCCAUAGUCUCAGGGCAGCAGGAGCUGGAGGAGGAACUGGCCGCAGCUCAAGGAAUGGGCAGGCUGCAGCAACCCAGGAGGAAAGGCAGCCAGACCAGCAGGAAGCUUCAGGAAGAAUACAACUUCGAUGGCAAACAAUGCUUUCAGGAGCUGAAUGUCACCUUGGACAGCACCGACUCAGCUGAAGGAGAGAACAUGGGAGGUUGGUGGCCAGAGUACCCUUCACCUAAUGCAGGUUUACGGAGUGUGGUGGAAGAGUUGGAAUUGGAAAGGAAUCAACUGCAGGAACAAAUUCUGUUUCUGGAAGAGCGUUGUCAGGAUUUGGAAGAGAGAUUUCAACUUCAAGGUAGAAUGGAGGCUCUUCAGGUAACGUUUGGUGUAGAGGAAGAAGGGCAGCUAUUGAGGGCUGUACAGAAUGAAAAUGAACGUUUGCAAACUCAACUCACCCAAUUACGCAACCAACAAAUGCGAGAUGUGGAGAAGCAUCAAAUUCUCAUCUCUGGCUUGAAUGAGCAGCUUAAAGGAUUAAGUGACAGAAAUAGUUUCCUUGAGAAUUCACUUGGAGAAAAAGAACAGAAACUGUUGAGCACAACAGAAAAAGUGGAGCAAAUUGAAGUUUUGAGGAAACUGCUUCAAGAAAAGGAUCUUCUCAACAAAGAGCUUGGUGAAAAGUUUGUACAUACUGAGCAAAAACUGAAUGAAGCCUUAAAGAAAUGCAGCGUGUAUGAAGUGGAGAACACUGAGCAGAAAACAGUCAUCAGUGAUCUCACAGAAAAAGUUGCUACACUGAAAGAAAAGACCUUGAAACAAGACAGUGUGGUGGAGUCAAUGCAGCUGGAUCUGGACCAGACCAAUGAAGAGCUUGACAAACUGAAUUCAAGCCAUUUAGAGGAAAGAUCUCAGCUCAUUCAGGAUCUCCAGAAACGUGAAAGAGAAAUUGAUAAUCUUAAAGAGGCACUGGCAGAAAAAGACAGGGAGAUGUCUGUCCUGUCUGUGAACAUGGCAGAAUAUUCUGAGCAGGUUAUGAUCCUGAAGCACCAAGUGCAAUGCAAAGAGGAGGAAUUGCGAGGGAUGGAAGAGACUUUGUCAAAGGCUGAGAGGGAAACUCAUUUACUGAAGGAAGUACAAACAGCUGAUGUGAGAGAUGCAAGUGUGAAGAUCUCUGUCCUUUCUGAGCAGAGUAACACAAUGAGACGAGAGCUGGAGAGAGUUAGAGCUGAGAAUGAGGCUAAAACCAAAGAGUAUGAGGAAUUAAUAAGACAAAGCACUGAGAACAGCAUGACAAUUAAGGAUCUCCGAGCUGAAAUUAAGGCCAACAGUGUCGCUUACAAUAACAAACUGGCAGAGUGUGAGUCACAAAUUACUUUGCUGAAAGAACAGAUUAGUAAAUCAUCUGAAAAACUACAAGAAACUGAGGAUAAACAAAGAAAAGAAACUGAGUAUUUGAAAUCUCAGCUUGAGGAAAAUGAUGCUCUGAAGGAAAAAUGGAAUAAUUUGCUUAAGGAGAAAGAGAGUAAAGCAGAGACACUUGAAAAUGAGUUAAAAUCACUUAAAGAUUCAUACAACAAACUGGGUUUGGAAAAUGCUAAAAAAGAUGAAGAGUUGUCUGAGUUAUCCAGGAAACUUGUAGAACAUACUGAACAUCAGGAAACAGUAAAAAAAGAAUUGCAAGAGAAACAAGAGCUUGUUAUUUCCUUAGAGCAGAAACUUGGGGUUUUGGAGCAGCAAAAUGAAGAAACUAAACUUAAAUUAACUGGAGAUCUGAAAGCCAAAGAGAUGUGUUGCAAAGAACUUAAUAACCAAUUAAAUGAAAUACAUAAACAAAUUAACAAACUGCAAAUAGAGACACAGGAGAAAACUUCAGCUAAUAACCAAUUACAGGCAGAUCUUGAAGGGAAACAAGGAAAAUUGGCAGAGCAAAUGAAAGCAAAUGAACACCUGAAAAAAAGUAUAGAUACCAUGGAAAAAGAGAAGGAGCAGCUCAUCAGAGAAAAUGAGAAUUUAUCCAAACUCCUGGAUGUAAAAGAGUGUGAAUUAUUAAAGAAAACCCAGGCUGUGGCAGAAAUAGAGAACAAGUUGUCUGUUAGCACUGCUGAGUACGAAAAAACACUCUCAGCACUAAAUUGUGAUAAAAACACUCUGGCAAAAGAGAUUGAACAACUUUCAGCAGCUGCUGAGCAAAAGGAAAGUUCAGUUGUGGAACAGCUGCAGAAGAAAACAAAGGAAUGUGAUGUGCUGGCUGAGCACUUGUCUGAAAGCAAGGACCAGACCCAACAGUUGCAUGAACAAGUGCAAUCACUGCUCAUUCAGCUGCAGGAUAUUAGAGGUGAAGAAAUAAAGAAAGGAGAAAUGUUAAAUAAUAAAUUAUCUGAAUGCAGUGACCUAAUCCAAGAGCUCAGCCAAAGUAAGGAGCAGAAUUUACUCCUGCAGGAACAAAUUCAAAGCAUAACUUUGGAUUUUGAAACUGCAAACAGGUCACUAGAAGAGAAAAACCUUCAAAAUGAUUUGUUGUGUGAGGAAAUAGAAGAGACCAAGCUUUGUGUUGUAGAGUUGCAGGGUGAAAUUAAAAAUCUUCAAGAUGAAAAGACAAAUCUGUCUCAGUUGGUAGAGGAAAGAGACCUGGCUGUCAAAAAUCAGGGUUCAGAACUUGAGAAAUUCCAGACGCAAGUUUCUGAAAAAAUGGAGGAAAACAGAGUGUUAAAUAAUCAGCUCCAGCUAUUAAGCAAAGAAGUGGAGGUGCUUAGGCAUGAAAAAGAGAACUUUUCAAUCUUAUUAAAUGAGAAAUCAUGUGAAUGUGAAUUCCUUCAGUCUGAAAUUACUUCAGCAAAGCACCAAGCACAAACAGCAGCUCUAGAAAAUGAAAAAUUGAAAGCAGACAUUGAAACAGUUAAUGUUACAGCAAUGAAAAAGUCAGAGGAAGUAGCUGCUUUAACUUCACACUUAUCCCAACAGAGUCAUAAUAUUUUAGCUCUCAAGGACCAAAUUGAUGGCCUGUUGAUUGAGAAAGAAAACUUAAAAAUGGCCUUUGAAGAAAAAGAAACUCUCCUUUCUGAAAAGGAGGCUUUGAUUAAGCAAAUGAAAGACAGUAAAGUGGCAGGAGAAGGGCAAUACAUGCAAAUCAUUUCAGAUCUGCAAAACCAAAUACAAACCCUAGGUUUUGAAACUAGCCAGCUCAGAAACACAGUGCAGGAAAAGGAAAAUGAAUUUAAGAGGCAAGCCCAAGAAUUAAAGUUAUUAAAAGAUAAAUCUGAAGAGUCUGAUGUACUUAGGAUUCAACUGUCUGAGAAUAUGGAGGUUAUUUCUGACCUUCAGAGUCAGCUUAAAAACCUGACAGAACAGUCAUCCCAGUUGAACGAUUCAAUUGUACAGAAAGAUGCAUCUUUAAAGCAAAAAGUAGAUGAAUACAUCAAUUUAAAAACACAGUUUUCUGAGGUACAGGAAUCUUCUGUUUUGCAGGAGAAACAAUUACAGCUUUUAGCCUCUGAAACAGAACAGUUAAAAGUACUUGUUUCAGAAAAAGAAUCAGCCAUCAACAAUAUUUCAGUAUUCAGUGAGAAUUUAAAGGUGCAACUUCAAGAGAAAGAGAUUGAAUGUGAUGUCUUAAAGAAACAGGUGGUGGAGCUGGAGGAAGUGAGAGUGAAUUUCCAAAGAGAAAUACAGCAGCAGAAGAAUGUAAUAAUUGAGAUGGACCAGUCCUUAUCAGAAAAGGAAUCCUCUCUUAUGGAAAAUGAAAGUCUCCUCAAAACUCUGGAGGAGAAAGCAAAGAAAGAUGAAGAGAAAACAAAUUUAAUUUCUCAGCUCCAAAAUCAGGUACAUGAACUAACACAGGAACUACAAAAAUCUAAAGAACUACUCCACGAGAAAGAAAACACCGUUUUAUCUCUUCAGGAGAACAUUGAAGGACAGAAUGAACUGAGAACUGAGUUGAACAUGGCUCUUGGGAAAAAAGAAGAAGUUAUUGCUGGACUCCUUAAUUCCUUAAAGGAGAAAGAUGCCAGGGUGCAGUUGGCAGAGAGCAAUGUUAAUGCUCUUUCCAGUGAGAUUGAGGUUCUCAGAGAAAAAUUAGAGAAAAGUGCAACAGCCAUGAAAAACUUCACUGAGGAAUUUCAGGAAAAGAAUGAGAAGCUUGAUAUUAAUCAGAAAAAAAUUGAUUCAUUGACUGUUGAACUUGACUUUCUCAAAAAUGAGCACCAAAAAGCACUAGACCGAAUAAACACACGGGAACAAGAACUGCAGCAGAAAGAAUUGGCUCUGGAGUCUCUGCGUGUGAAGUACACUGAGCAGGCAGAGAACUUGGAAAGUUUGAGGUUAGAGUUGGACAACCUAAAUUCCAAAUCAUCUCAAGACUGCCAUGACAAUGUGGUUUUAAUAAACAGUCUCCAGUGCCAGGUGGAGUCUUUAGAGAAAGAAAAAAAUCUGUUACAAGAAGAUGUUGGUAAACUGAUGGCUGAAAACACGCAGCUUGGGGCAUCUCAGAGUGAUCUGCAAAAGAAAUUGGAAGAGCUCCAGGAAAUCCAGGAAAAACUAGAAACCAGUGAGCAUUACUCAAGAAUGCAGAUUGAUGCUGUCAAACUGCAUAUGAAGACUGAAAAAGAGAAGUUACAGAUGCAGGUUAGUGUGAAGGGUGAAGAACUUUCAAAAUUAGAACUUAAGUGUGAAACUCUAGAACAAAGUCUGCUUGAGUCAGAAAACAAAUGGGUGACAGAACUUGAUAGGGCAAAUUUGCAGAAUAAUAAUCUUACUGAGCAAGUGAGCAGUUUAGAAAGUGAAAUGAAAUCAAAGGAUAGCAAAAUCCAGUCUUUGCAGCAAGAGCUGGAUCUUAUAAAAGAGAAAUUAACUCAAAGCUUGUCUCCAUUACUUAGUAGUAGGCUUUUAUGCAUGGAAAAAAACGCACAGACUUCAGAUUCUGAACUGAAGCCAACUGAUAGUAAAACUCAGCUGGAAAAAUUCUCUGCUCUGAUAAAUUCGAUUCUGAGCAAAGAAACAGAAGGAGAGCAACUGCAACUCCUGCUUUUAGAAAAACAGAAAGAAAUAGACACCAUGAAAGAGGAAUUAAAAAGUAUGGAGUCGCUUCAGAAGCAGAAGGAGGUGCUGCAGAACGACAUGGAAAAGAUGAAGGGGGAAUACACAUCUGAAAUGGAAUGUCUGUCCAAAGAAAUGCUCACACUCAAGGAAACAUUAUAUGAACAACAAUCUCUCUUGAAAGAAAGGGAAGAGUCCUUUGCAGAAAUAAAUAAGCAGGUUGAAUUUCUGCAAGACAAGAUAAAUAAAUCAGAAAAAAUAAUAAGAGCCAGUCAAGAAAAGCUGCAGAUUGAAGGUAAAGAAGUAGCAAGUCUCCUUGAAGAAGUGGAGGAAAAAGAUCAACUCAUCAAAAACUUAACUUCCCAGGUAAAUCAGCAGAAGGAUUUAAUUUCUGGUCUGAGCCAGCAACUGAAGGAAAAAGACAGUUCUGUUACUCAGGUCAUGGAAUCAUUGUCUAAUGAAAUGCUGAAUUUCUCUGAAGAGAAAAAUGCAUUAAAUGCCAAACUGCAAGACCUUGAAGCUGUUCAUAAGAGUUCUGUGGCAGAGCUAAACCAAGUGCUGCAGGAACUUGAGGUUUGCAAGAAAGAACUGGACCAUAAUCAGGUUCUGUUAAACAGUAGAGAAGCUGAGUUUAAGGAUUUAAUGAGUGAAAAAGAGGAGAUGCAGUUUAACCUCGAGAAAAUAGGCAAGGAAAAAGAGAACCUGAAAAAGAAACUUCAAGCAGCGCUGAUAGUAAGAAGAGAUCUAAUGCAAAAAGUUGGAAAACUAGAGAAGAGUGGACAGGAAGAACUAGAAAAAGAGCAAAAAAAAGGAGAGGAGCUGUCAAAGAAAGUUAAUGAGUUAACAGACAAAUUAAAACUAACUGAAGGACAAAAUAAUGAUUUUGAGUCUCAUCUUGGCACUUUGAAGCAACAACUUCUAGAAAAAGAUGCCAAAAUAAGUGAUUUAACUGAAAUUUUAUCUUCAAAAGCUUCUUAUUUAGAGGAACUUCAGCAUAAUAUCACAGAGCUAAAUGAUGUCAUUGCUGAAAAACAAAAUGUUUGUGAGCAGAACCUAAAAUCUUUAGAGGAAAAGGACUGCAGGCUUGCUCACAUGCAGUCUAUGCUUGAUGAAGAAGCAAGUGCAUAUGAAAAGGAACGUUCUCAUCUGCUCUUAGCUCUUGAACAGGUGAAGUCUGAACUGAAGAAGAAGGAAGAAUUGUCAAAGAAUUCCAGUUUAGAAGAACCUGGUUUAAGUGCUGGGGACAGGAAGGAGUGUCUGGACCCCAACAAUGAUGUUGAUGUCAUGAGUCAAUUAAAAAAAGAAAAAGAAGCUUUACAGAGGGAGCUUUUGGUCAUGAAAGAAGAUAUGAAAAAAAUUCAGCAAGAAAGGGAAGAGCACAGGAAACUUGCAAGAGAUUUUGAGGAACAAAAAACCCACCUUGAGCAGCUCAAACAAGAACAUUCAGUGGCAAGUGAAGACACUGAGAUAAAAGAGCUAAGAAGUGAUUGUGCAAAGCUUGAGGAGGAAACAGCAAUGUUAGGGAAAGAACUGAGAAAAAUAUUGCUGGAAUUUGGUGAUGAAAGAGAAGAAAAAGUCAACUUAGUGUCUUUGAGUCAGCAGGAGCAAUGUCAGGGCAGCUUGUUGGAGGACAUAAAGCAGCUACAGAGAAAGCUGAAAGUGUAUGAGGCUGAAAUUGUAGCUCUUAAGACAGUGCUUGAACAUGUGAAUAAUGAGAAAGAAACACUUAUUAAAAAAGGUGAGGACUACAAGCUGAGCCAGGAGGAACUGCAGAGGUCAAGAAUUGAAGCUGAGAGGGAGGUUGCGGAAAAGAAUAAGGAAAUAGAAGCAUUGAGGUGUUCACUUGCGGAUUUCAAAGGUAAACUUGAUUUGGAAAAGGAAUUAUUAAGCAAAGCUGUUAAGGAGGGCCAAGACGAAGCCCACAGUUACAAAACAGCACUGGAAGAAAUGAAGAGUGAAAAAGAAGAACUUCUCAGCUGCUUAGAAAAGUCCAAUUCGGAACUAAUGAAUAUGAAAAAGGAGGUAGGACGUUUCAGUGAAGAAAACAAAAGACUCGUGCAAGAGCUGUGUCUGCUGCGUGAGAAGGCUGAGAUGAGUAGACCUGUGGUGUCUGGCAAAGAGCUUAAGGAAGAAAAUUAUACUGAAAAGGAGUUGGGAGAGGUUGGUUCAGAAAGGAAUUUCCUUGAAGGGAGGUUAGAAGGUAAAGACACCAUUUUUCAACUAUCAGAGGCUGAUUACUCUGGGAAAACUAAACUGAGAGAAGCAACAGAAUGUGAAAUGCACAAACAAAUGCAAAUGAUGGAAGAGCCACUGGGAAAACGUGCAAAUAUAAGUGAUUCUAAACCCCAGGAGCAAAGAACUGUAACAGAAGAUAAAUCCAAAGAGCGCCUUCAGAGGAAACUACAGGCGGCUUUAAUAUCACGGAAAGAAGCCCUGAGAGAAAAUAAAUGUCUAAAAGAACAGCUUGAUCAGCUGAUGUUGGAAAAAGAAGAGCUGAUGAACAAGGCAGGGAUGCUGGAACACUUGUUAGAGCUUGGCAGAGAAAAGCAAAGUUCAAGUGCUGUUGCUCCCUUGGCUGGAGAGGAAAGCCUUGUCUCUGAAAACGCAAGGCUGCUGACGGAAAACGAGAACCUCAGCGCGGCAUGUGAAAGUCUGAAAUCCACCAUGGAGUCUAUAGUUCAGGAAAAAGAGGCCUUUUCUUUCCAGCUAAAUACCUUAAAAGAUUCUCAGACAGUUGAAUUGACAGGCUGGAAGGCUAAACAUAGCGAAUUAAAACAGGAGUAUGAAUCACUUCUUCAGGCGUAUGAGAAUAUCAGUAGUAAAGUGGCAGAGAUGAGGCAAGUUAUUGAUCUCAGUAGGAAAGAGAAGCAGGAGGCUGUUCAAAGACUCAGGGAAGGAGAAUCUGAGAAGGAGGCUCUGGAGAAGCAUUUACAAAAUCUCAUGGAUGAAAAUGAGGUUAUUAAGAGUCAACUGAAACAACUCAGUGAAUCCAAGAAAAUGGAAGUCGAUGAAUUGCAAAGCAAAGCAGAAAGGCAGAUCCGUGAGCAGGAGGCAAGGAUGCAAGAACACCAGGAUCGCCUUCAUGAGCUCACUGAGCAGAACCACCAGCUGAUGGAGGAGAAUGAGCAGCUGAAACAAACUUCUGAAAACUUAAAGCAGGCCUUAGAGAAAAUCCAGAAUGAAAAUGAUGUCCUUCAUAAUAACAUCACUGUAACUAAAGCAGCCCUGGGAGAGCUCCAGGUUCAAAUGGAAGUGUACCAAAAUGAUACACAAUCUAAAAUCAGUGAUGCAUUGUGUGAGAAUGAAUCACUGUUAAGGGACAUUAAAGUGUUAAAGGAUAAACUCUCUGAAAAAGAGCAAGAUGUGCUUGUCCUAGAACAGGAAAGAAAAUUAAUUUCAGAAAAAGCACAAGAAACUGAAAAAUCUUUGACCCAUAAAAAUCAUUGUCUAACAAAGCUGGAUAUGGAGUGUAAAAGCCUUACACAAGAAAUUGUUAGUCUAAAUGAAAAAGUCAAGAUUUUAGAGGAUGAUAAAUGUCUGUUACAGGAAGAAUUAGAAAAUGUACAAGAAAGUUCUUACAAAGUAAAGAAUGAGAGAGAAUUUCUCGAGACAGAGUUGCUUAAUCAUGUUAAAAAAGUUGAUCAUCUUACUGAUAGAAUGAAAUCAGCACAGGUGCAGAAUAACUUGCUAUUACAGCAGCUGGAAGAAUUAAAGGCAGAAAAAUGUCAUGUGGUUAAAGAAAAGGAAGAACAGCAGCUCCAUCUUGUAAAGAUGUUUGAGGAGAAGGUGAAAAGUGCUCAGAGGGAUAACAGCGGAACUAAAAGCAAAACAAAAGAAUUGCAAGAACUCUUAAAAGAGAAACAACAGGAGAUCAACCAUUUGCAAAAGGAUUCCAUUAAGUUCCAGGAGCUGAUCCUGGACUUGGAAAGAUCUGUGAAAGUGUCACAGUCAAAAAGUGAAAAAUUGGAAAAGGACUUAAAUAAUGCAUCAGAAAAGCUGGUGAAAUCAAAUGAAGAAAUCCAUCAUCUCAAGGGGAAGCUUUCAGCACAGAUGGACUUGUUGAAUCAGUCAAAGAAUGAGGUGGACAGGCUUAAAGAUGAGAAUCUAAACUGGAGAAAAGAACUUAAGAAGAAGGAAGAAGAACUGCAACUCCAAAAGAGAGAAUAUGAGAGAGAAUUGGAAUUUCAUCUUCAGCAACUAAAAUUGCUUCACAAAAGGGAGUUUUCAAACCUAGAGGAACGGCACAGCGCCCUUGAGAGAGAAAAGGAUCGGGCAGUUAGUGAGAUCCAGGGUUUGCAAAAGGAAAUCAGCACUAAAGACUCUCAAAACAAGCAACUCCAGGUGGAUUUGAACGCAGCCUUGGCACGAUUAGCUGCUUUUACAAAGUGUAUGUCCUCUCUUCAGGAUGACAGAGACAGGGUCAUCACUGAGAUGAAAACCUGGGAACUGCAGUUCAAAGAGGCCAUCCAGAAUAAGGAGAGACAGAUAGAAGACAGUAAUAAAAGAAUAGUGGCCUUACAGGAUGAAUUGAAAGAUAAAAUGACUCAAAUUCAAGAACUGAAUAUCAAAUAUUCUGUAGUAGAGGAAACAAAGGAUGAACUGUACUUGAGGCAGAAAUCUGUUGAUAUGCAGCGCUAUGAAGAGCUCUGCAGGAUAAAGGAAGAAAACACCUUUUUUUUUAACAGACAACAAGAGUUGGAGAGUGUUCUUCAGUCCAAAGAAGAAGCUUUGCAAGCACUCCUUAAAGAAAAUAAUUCUCUUAAUCAUCUCAUAGAGAAUAGUAAAAGCACAGGAAGAGAGAUAAAAGCUCUGGAAAGUAAUUUUACUAGACAGGAGCAGGAAUUGCAAGAGCUUCUAGCAGAGAAGGAAAAGGUGAAUGCUGAGUUGCAAAAGCAGAUCACCAUUUCUGAGCAAAUGAAGGUCAUGCUAAAUAAUAAAGACAAAGAAAUUUCCGUACUCAUUUCCUCAAAAGGCGAUGAAAUUUCGGAUUAUCUGGUUCAGGUACAAACUCAACACAGAAAUCAAAUCAAAGAAUAUGAACUUCAGUUAAGGUCUUUGCAAGUGGACAGACAACAAGCUGAGGAAUCCUGUCAGAGGAUGGAAAAUGAGCUGAGAAAUCUCCAGGUGAAAGCAGAAAAAGCAGAGCAAGAGAAGGCUGCCAUUGCCAGUGAAAUAGAUGCCUUUAAAAAAUCAAUGUCAUCUCUUCAGAAUGAUCGGGAUGAGCUUUCUACCAAAUACAGAGAGCUGGAGCAUCUUCACCAGGAUGUCUUAAAUCAGAGGGACGGGCUUAUAGUUGGCAAUGCAAGUGAGAAUAAUGCUCUGAAGCAGGAAUUAAGGAUACUCCUCAAUCGAAUAGAUGAUCUGCAUUCUGAAAAUGCAAUGCUGAGUGCACAGCUGAUCAAGUACAGGGAAGAUCUUAACCAGGUUUUGUCUCUGAAAGACCAUCAGCUGAAAGACUUACUGAAGCAGAAAUUAGAUUGUAUCAAAAGCCUUGAGCGUGAAAAAUACGAUCUUCAAAAGCAAAUAAAAGAAAUGCAGCUUUCCAGUGAACUGCAGAAGGGGACUGCUGUGUCUUUGGAACAGGAAAAUAAAAAGUUGGCAUCUAAAGUAAGUGAUUUAGAAUCUCUAGUUGCCUCCUUAAACAAAGAGAAACUUGUUUCUGAAUCUGGAGAGAAACUGCUAAGUAGUGAUAGUGUUCAGAAAAAAGAGUCAAGUGGACAGCAUGGAGAAAACAUUCAGAAAAAGGUUCAAGAACUCCAGAAAUGCAGAGGCAGAAAUGUAGGUGAGGAAUCCAGCAGGACUCUUUUGACACCUCAGUAUGGAGAUAAACCUGGUGCUUUUGCAGAGAAGGUGCUGCUGGAAGCUCAGUCUCAAAACAAUGAGCUGAGGUCCCAAAAUGAGGCCUUUGGGAAGGCAAUGACUGCUCUGCAGAAUGACAGAGAUCGAGUCCUAGAGGACUUGAAGGCACUUCAGAGCAAAUACACAGCUGAGCUCAAGACUGAAAAAAGGAGAGGAGAUGAACUUGAAGCUGAGUUGGAGGGGUUUAAAUUACAUCUCAUCAGUAUCCUUAAAGAAAAUCCUCUUCUGCAUUGGGGUGUCUUUGAUGCUGCAGAUAAAGUUACACUUGCUCAGAUUGCUGGUGAAGUUGGAAGUCUCUGUAGGACUUUAGUCAGUCGGGACAUGGAAGUGAGCAGGCUCUCAUCUGAAUGUGGAAAUUAUGUCCAGCAGAUUGAAGCAUUUUCCAAGGCUAUGGCCAGUCUCCAGAAUGACCGAGACAAAUUGCUGCAGGAACUCAGCAAUCAGAAGGCUAAGGAAGGAGCCAACCUUGCAGCUGUGGAAAUAACAAAACUGAAGACCAAGGUUGAUGAUUUGGAGAAGGCACUGCAUCAGACAAAAGCCUUCCAGGCAGAAACUGAGAGAGAGAUCACAUCAUACCAGAAUGAACUGGCUGGAUUAAGAAUGGAAAAAACCCUCCUCCUCUCUGAGUCCCAGGCACUGAGAAAUCAAUGUCAGAUCACAAUUGCUGAGAAAGAUCGACAGAUUGCAGAGCUACAGAAGCUGCAACAAGACAUGAUUGUUAUGAAAUCAGUCCCUGCUGGCAGCAAUUAUCCAGUCAAGGCUUUAGAAACUGCCUCCCUUGCUGGAAGUGGAGAUGCAGCAGAGGAAAUCAAAUGUGUCUUGGCUGAGAAGAAUCAGCUGCAGAAUGAGCUGCAGCGCUGCCUCCAGGAGAUCCACCAGAAGGACCUGCAUUUCCAGCAGAUUAAUUCCAAGGUUGUGCAGUCAGCAGAGGAGAAUGCUGUCUUGUCUGCCCAGCUGAAGACUCUGUCUCAGACUCUGAGGGAUAACCAGCUUCAUUACACUGAUCUGCAAAAUCGAUAUUUAAGGCUGGAGAGGGAAUAUCAGUCAAUGCAAGUGGCAUCUUUCCAAGGCUCAGUUCAGGAUGAAACUAGAGGAGAAGUUCCCCCUGGAGCGCCACGGGAAAGAUCUGGGAUUAUUGUUGAGAUAGACAAUAUGGAGCUAAAUGAGCUCAGGAAAAGGCUUGCAGAGACUGAGCAGCAGUAUGAGUCCCUGCAGCAGGCUCUCUCCCAGCUGACAGAAACACUGGCAGAGGAGAAGAGCAGGAGAGAAGCUGCAGAAGAGGCUCUUGGGCUCUCUGAAGAGACAAGUAACAGAUUUGAAGUGAGCAGUUACAGAUCUGUACCCACUGAAUACACUGUCCAGAUGGAAACUGAGGAGGAGAGAGAAGCCUUAAUAAUCAAUCCCAGUGAACAUGUUGUUGUGAGAAAGAUGAAAGGAGGAGCCCUUUCCCUCCGGAGGUGGCUCCGAGGGCGAAGCCUUUACUGUUCCAAACUGCUGACUUCCCGAGCAAAAUCUCGCUAUUUAUUCCUCGCUUACCUGGUCACUCUCCACCUUGUUGUUUUCCUGUGCCUCACUGGUGUCCUCUGAAUACUGCAUUUCCUGGGUGGAUUAUUUUGGUGUGCCAAUUUAGGAUAAUAGACUCCUCACAUGCUGCUGUUACACUAUGCACUGGACACAGUUGUAAAUAUUCCUGUGACACUACAUGAAUCUUUAGCUUCUCCAAUGAAAUUUGUCUUUAUCACACUUUGCUCCAAAGUUGACUUGAAUGGCUCUUUCACAGUGGAAUAUUAUAUUUGCUAAGGAGAAAAUAUUCCCCCCUGCCCUCUAAAGAAACUGCUGCAUACAAGUUAUUUAAUAUUGUUUGUGAGUACAUAAUGAUUGGUUACUACUGAAUGGGUUGUAAAUGAUAUCUUUUCUAUACAAAUUUUAUUUUAAGAGUCAAACUAUAAAUUUCAAAGGAAUAUCAAGCUAUUACUGUAUAUUGGCUUCUUGAUUAUCACAAGAAGUUUUAUAGAGUGCAAUAAAGGAAGAACUACUGAAUUUUUGAUUUUCUUUCAUUGCUUGGAGGGUUUUUUGGCUGAAAAUAAAAGAAUUAAGAAGGUU